AUGGCGCCCAUUGCAUUGCAGGACCUGCAAGAUGUCAUCAACGCUCUGCCCCCCGCCAGCGACACCUGGGGCCCACCGACCACCACCGAGACGACGCUAAAUGGCGUCCCAUACGCACCCUUCUCCAAGGGCGACAAGCUGGGACGCAUGGCGGACUGGACAUCUGAGGGCAAGGAGCGGGAAGGCCGCGGCGGCCGACAGCAGUUCAACAACCGGUACCGCGAUCAGAUCUAUGGCGCAGGCCCAGGUGGUCUGCAGACGGUCUUCAACAUCGAGGGACAGAACGAGGAAAGCUCUUUCAGCCUGGUAGACCGUUCGCAAACAUCGGCUCGAUCGCGUGGCUUUGGAGGCCGAGGUAGCGCAGUAUUCCGUGGCCGCGGCGGACAGCGUGGUGGUGUGCAGAACCAGAGAGGAGGGCGUGGCACAUUCCAGCGUGUUGGCGGCGGACGAGGCGGACAGCAGGGCUUCAACGAUCGUGGUCGUGGUGGUCGACGAGGCGGCAGAUUCGGCUGGAAAGACUGGGACAAGCCACAGCGCAACCGAGAGGCCUCCGUGCAGCCAAAGGACUCGUGGCGGUUACUCGACGAGAUCGACUUCAAUCGACUCUCGAAGCUCAACCUCGAUACCGGCGAAGGCGAGGAUCUCGACGACUAUGGCUUCCUCUACUACUAUGAUCGCAACUUCGACAAGCAGCCAGGCGCACCCACGUCGACGCGAAAGCUUACUGUCCUCGAUCGUGCCGCCUACAACGUCACAACAUCUUCGGAUCCAGUCAUUCAGGAGUUGGCCGAUAAGGACGAGGCCACCAUCUUCGCCACUGACAAUAUCCUCUCGAUGCUCAUGUGUGCCCCUCGUAGCGUGUACAGCUGGGAUAUCGUGCUGCUGAAGCAGGGUAACAAGAUCUACGUGGAUAAGCGCGAGGGGAGCAGUCUCGACAUGGUUACAGUCAAUGAGAACGCGGCAGACGCACCACUGGAGAUGAGCGAAGGCAACAAAGACCAGAUUAACAGCCCUGGCGCCCUCAAAGAGGAGGCUACGCACAUCAACAAUGUGUUCCCUCUCCAGGUUGUGCAAGAGUCUGAGACUAUGAAGCGGGACAUGAACAACGAGCACCCCUUCUACAACGCGAACGAAGAGACGGAUCCUCCUGCUUCCAAGGCCUACAAAUACCGACGAUUCGACCUGUCUCUCGAAGCUGACACCGAGCCACUUCAUCUUGUGGUCCGUUCCGAGCUGGAUGCUGUCGUGAAGAACAACAUCAGCGGCGAGGACCAGUUCCUGACCAUUCACGCAUUGAACGAGUUCGACAACAAGGCGCAAGGCGCGGGAGGUGCUCUGGACUGGAGGUCGAAGCUUGCCUCACAGCGAGGUGCCGUGGUCGCCACAGAAAUGAAGAACAACUCCUGCAAACUCGCACGCUGGACUGUGCAGUCCAUCCUGGCAAAGGCGGAUCUCAUGAAGCUAGGAUUCGUCUCUCGAGCCAACCCCAAGUCCACCAACGAGCAUGUCAUUCUCGGUGUGCUCGGCUACAAGCCUCGGGAGUUUGCCAACCAGAUGAACUUGAACCUCAACAACGGUUGGGCCAUCGUUCGCACAUUCAUCGAUCUGGUCAUGAAAGAGCCAGGUGACGGCAAAUUUGUCCUCGUCAAAGACCCCAACAAGCCAGUCAUGCGCCUUUACAACGUUCCUCCGAACACUUUCGAGGAGGACGAGGAUGCUGGUGAGGCAUUCUCAACAGUGCCUGAGGAAGGAGCAGAUGAGUAG